CCGGUAAACGUUGAGCGUUUCUUCCAUCAGUUGUUAGCUAUCGGUCGUCGCGUUCGGAUUUAUUAUUAUUAGCGCGAGUAGUGAGUGUCUGUCUAACUAACUGAAGUGGCCGACUCCACUAGUUAUCAAUCAAGAUGCAAAGAUGCAAUUGGGUCAUCAAUAAUACCAGUCGUCAGUGAGAGGGGAGAAAAUUUAAAACAAUAUCGGAAUAAAACCUCCAAAGUUUUCGGAAGAAAAGGUGUUUAUGAAGAUUUAAAUGCUGAUAAAAAUUCAAUGCAAAAAGCACGGGUCGUAAACUUAUCCAACGAAGCUUGCCGAGUUGCUGUAAUGUAUCGGAGAGCAGUACUUUUCGAUAAUACUUCCAGUGUCGAAAUGUUCACUUUUCAGCACUGAGUGGCAUAAAAGAUAAAAGACAAACUAAAGUCGUGAAGACUAGUGGUUAAGAUAUAUAGUGAAUCAUACGCUUUUAAGCUUGGAACGUGAUCGCACGAAUGCCAGAAAAAUUUGAAGAAAAAAAACAUUCCCAACAAAGGCGAUAGUCCUAGUGAAACAUAACUUUUCUGUGAUAUAUUUCUCUCAUAUACAAAGUUAAGAUAAGCUUUCUAUCUACUGAGUAGUAGAAUAUAAUUUUGUGUUUGAGAAAAGAAUUACACUGAACAAUCUUUGCAUGAAAAGAAAUCGAAUCGUGUUUGGCCGGAACGCAUCUGAUCGUGAAAGUUCGGACGAGUGGACAGUUUCCAACGGCGGCGGCAGCGACGGCAGCACGUAUCAAUCGGAACGGGUAUUUGGGCUCCAGAAGAGAAGGUUGAUCCGAAAACGGCGUUCCGAAAGUUUUCCGGAAUCAGAUAGAUUGCAUCAUUUUUUUGCCCAGUACCGAGAACGCAGAAAGCAACUUCAGUUGGAAAAAAUGAGCGCUACCGGCACAGAAAACAUGGAAGGAGCGGAGUCCACACAUAAUACAAAGAUAUCCGAUUCCGGAUAUUCCAACAGCUGCAGCAACAGCCAGUCACAACGGAGCGGCAGCACCAAAUCCCGCCAAAGUGGAAGUCAUUCGUCCGGCAGCAGCGGCUAUGGCGGAAAGGGAACCAACCAGAGCGAAACUUCAGUCCCCGCCCUGCAUCCUCCAAUUAAACGUACCAAGGAUAAGGACCGCAAAAAGAAGAAGCAAGAGCAGGUUUCCGCCGAAUCCGCCGGCAGCUCCCCACAUGUCACCAGCGGCUGCCCGGGUGGGACGACAAUCGAGGAGACAUCCAGCUCGGUCGUCGUCGCCAUUAGUAGUCAUGAAGCAACUGCUGCUAGCAACGUAACUUCUUCCAACAUUGGGCAACAACAGCAGGAAGUGCAGCAAACCGGUCACGUUGACGAGACGGAUGGCUUGCAAGUCAUCGUUAAGUGCGAAGAAUCCGUACAGAAAGAUGAAAAUCAUCUGGCUCAGGAAGCGACGCAACUUGGGUAUGGAUCGAAGCAGCAGGGGCCUUCAUCGGAACCGGUUGCAGGGCCCUCCGGGACGGCCACGAUGGAAGAAAGCCAGGAACCGGAGAUUGUCGAGAUGGAGGGUAUCCAGGAGCAGUGUGAUGAACGUGGCACCCCGAAAAUCUCGAAACCGGACGCCGAGAAUGGAUUCUGCUGCGUCAUUUCCAUGCACGAUGGAGUUGUUCUUUUCACAACCCCUAGUAUUACGCACAGCCUGGGUUAUCCCAAAGACAUGUGGCUGGGACGUUCGUUUAUAAAUUUCGUUCACCCGAAGGACCGAGCAACUUUUGCUAGUCAGAUCACUUCCAAGGUAACUGUCCCACUAGGGGAACCCAAAUCGAACCAUAAAGAUCAGAAGAAUUCUCUAUACGUAAUGUUGCGUAAGUAUCGUGGAUUGAAGACGGCAGGUUUUGGCAUUACUAGAACUUCUGUUAACUACGAACCAUACCGAUUGGUUCUCUCCUUUAGGGAAGCUCCAUGUGCCACCAAUGAGGAAGUCUCAAAUACUGGAAGGAACAUCCUGCUCAUCAUACUGGCCACUCCCGUUAAAAGUUUCUACAAAGAACCCAAUGAAACCUUGCAGGACAAGGGAUUGAAGUUUUGCACACGUCACACGACCAGUGGAAUUCUGAACUACGUGGAUGGCAACUCGGUUGAAUCUAUUGGUUAUCUACCUCAAGACAUUUUGGGAAGAUCGGUUAUGGAGUUUUACCACCCCGAUGACAUGCCAAUCCUGAAAAAAGCCUAUGAAACAGUCAUGGUUAAAGGUCAAACGGCCGGUGCUUCAUACGAUGGUGAACCUUACAGAUUUUUGGUCAAUAACGGCUCCUACAUAAUACUGAAAACGGAGUGGACAAGUUUUGUUAAUCCAUGGUCUCGCGAGCUAGAGUUUGUCAUAGGGAACCAUCAGAUUCUUGAAGGUCCUUCUAAUCCGGACGUAUUCGAUUCCAAUUAUUUUUGUGACAAACAACUUACUUUCUCAGAUGAGCAACUGACAAAAGCUAAAGGUAUCGAGGAACAAAUCCUUAAACUGCUCAAAGAGCCCGUUGCCAAGGCGUCAGAUGUCGUCAAACAAGAAAUUUCAAAACGCUGUAAAGCCCUUGCUUCGUUUAUGGAACGGUGGAUGGAUGAAGUCACACAACCGGAGCUAAAACUGAAUCUCCUCAAUGAAUCAGAUUUCACGUUUUCCGAGCGUGAUUCAGUGAUGCUUGGCGAAAUAUCCCCGCACCACGAAUACUUUGAUAGCAAAAGCUCCUCCGAAACACCUCCGAGUUACAAUCAGCUGAAUUACAAUGACAACCUUCAACGGUUUUUCGAUAGCGGACUAACAACGAACAUAGAGGAAAUACUGAAGACGGAAUGCUCCGGAGGAACAAAUAAAGAAACCAUGGACGAACAACAGUUCACUGCCAGCGGAGGACGGGGCAGCGGUGGCAGUGCUGGAAACUUUAGCUCCGAAAGUAACGUCCAGAUGGACAGUACAACCAAUACAACCAGCAAAACGGGUAGCUCUUCUGGCAGCUUCCAACCUCCGACGCUGACCGAAGAACUACUCUGCCAGCACAACGAAGACAUGCAGAAGGUUAUGAUCAAGAGGCAUCGCGAGGCGAGAACAAUAGCGAGGGGCACCGAAAAAAACAAGAAACUUGCACCAGACAAAGCCUACGCCAGCACUGCGGCACACGGAGUCAAACGAGGAUCCUCGCACUCCUGGGAAGGAGAUAUCCACAAAACUGUUAAACACCAGCACAAUCCCGACAUCAGUAUGGACUGUCAAUCCACACAACUUCUUCAUCAAGCUCAUCAACAAUCUACCUUAGGACGACCCGACCCCUGCAAAAAAGUGAUGACAACCACCACCCUUACGAUAAACCCACAACCAACAGUCGGCCCUCCACCCCUACCCUGUAUAUCCCGCCCCGGAGAACUUUGGCCACCGUUCUCGGUCAGUGUCACAACGAUCCAAGCGACUCAAAGCAGCUCCACUGCCGCAAACUUUGUCCCCUCGCACAGUAUCUUCCCGACGCUCUACUACAUCCCAACCGCAACACAAUCGACCCCGGCAACACCGGCGAUCGAGCUGCCGCGGCUCAGUAUGCCCUACAUGGCCGGGGUUAUGUAUCCGCAUCCGCAGCUGUAUCAGCAGUCACUGCUCUAUCCGCCGAUGAUGUACCAUGCGAUGCCGUACCAGCCGGCACCGCCGCCCUGCGGUCUGUCCAGUGAUGCCAGGAAUCUCCCGUCCCAAUCAUCGGUGUUACAGCCGGGUCCGAGUGGAAAACGCGUCUCCAUGAUCCCCAACGGCAUCAAACAAGCAGCGGUCGGGGGACCGAACAUUCAACACUCGCCCGGCGACAUUGUUUCCCAGCCGCAAACCCUAGCCCAGAGGCCGCCUUCCCAGGCCACCUCGGUUAAGGCUGAACCCGGCUCUAACAGGGGAAGUAUUGCAUCGGCAUCGAUCGUCAAUCGGGAAUUCUCCGAGUGUUCGAAAAAGGGGAUGACAGAUUCUCCAAUGAUUUCCACCGGGGAAACGGACUUCCAAAUCGAAGAUAUGAGCAAGGCACGGUACGGAGGCAACAAAGGUUCCGGAACAGGCCUGGAGGAGAACAGUGAUGACAUGGAUGAAUCGAGCUUUUCCAGUUUCUACUCUAGCUUCGUCAAGUCGGACGUUUCUUCGGAUGACUAUCUCAAGAAGAACGAGGUCACCGAAAUGCUGUGGGAAUCGGGAUCGAACAACAUUCAUCGACCGAAACGUCGCCCGAAUCCACCAUGGUUGGACAACGUAUGCCAAUCGAAGGAUCUCAUCUACCAGUAUCAACUCACUGAACGAUCUCUCAAGGAUAUACUAGAGGCAGAUUUGGCUGCGCUUAAGAAUUUAACGCAGCCCAUCCAAGUCAACGAUCAACUCGGGCAGCUGUACCUGGAUCUGGAACUGGAAGGCCUUUCGGCGAAGCUUUCGCUAAGUGAGGCAACAUCCGGCAGUAGUAGUGAUGAUUGCGAAACUCAGAACAAAGCCAAGCUAACCAAGCGGAGCAUGAAGUACAGCAAGCUGGUGAUGAUCUACGAGGAGAAUGCUCCAUUUCCACCACCACAGCGAACGAUCGCACCCUGAUCUUGGACGACGGAUCGCCUCACUGCGGUUCAGCUUAGCAGUAUUACGAUUUGUUCGUUGUAGAGCUACUACUACUCUUCGUUCGCUUUUCGUGCCAUACGGGAUAAUCGAAGGAUUGUUAGAAGGUGAUCAUACACGGUUGAAUUGAACGUUCAUUCGACGGCAUUUGCAGACAGAGGUUACAGCUCGAAAGUUUAUAUUUCGAAACUGAAAUCUUGACAGGUUCAAAACACAUAAAAAAUAUAAGAGAAAAACUAAAAGAUAAAAAUUAAAUUAUUCGGUGUAGCUCGCCUCGUUAAGAUUUGUAUCUAAACUGACAAGCUUUUGACGUUCCUUAUAGGAUGUUCUAUCGAUAUUUGUACUAAAAUAACAAACUGUAAAUGCAAAUGCCGGGGAAACGUUUCUUCGAAAAAAAAGUAUACAAACGAAAAAAAGUUGCUUAUUUUAUGAAGUUUAAAAACACAUUAUGAAACACCAACACCUCCUAAUACAAAAUUGAACUGUUAAAAAUGCAUUCGCACACAGUUUUUUUAAUCACGGGCUCUGUAUCGUCUAGUCACAAAAUUUGUGAUGACAAAAUGAUUUUUUUAGACAAAGGUACAAACCAUAGUACAGUGUAAAAGGUUCGUACUUAUGCGUAAGUACAAACCUUAUGAAAAACACGGAACCGCAUAGAAGUACCGUUUUUUCCGUUGAUCUUUUUUACGUGUUCGAGUUUAUAAUAUUUUUAAGUAAUCGCUAUAAAACAACCCAGGGCAAAUUGAUGCAUUUGCAACCAUAUAUGUGACUGUUUUCUACUGAUGAUAGAUUUUAAAUUAUUAAAUAAAGAAAUUGAAAA